AUGUUCUCGUGGCUGCUCCUGGUGCUGAGUGUCUGUGCCCGCCCCGGCACAUGUGUGUCCCCAGCUGUCCCCCCACGCCACGUGGACUCGCAGCUCGACAUCCUGGACGCUCUCGAGUCCCUGGCCUGGGGCAGCUCCCCCGGCACCGCUGUGGCCUUGGGGAGGGGGCUGGGGGUCUGCAGCACCCUGGGCUGCCGGGCAGUGCAUGAGCCUUUCGGGACCCCUGAACACCCCCCAGUUGUCACCCCAGGCCAUUGGCAGCUCCUGACCGAGCUCCUCUGCCACAACCUGGUGACAGCGGAGCUCGGGGCGGUGCUGGCCCCUGACGGCUCCGUGGUGGCCCUCAGUCCCCUCCUGGUCGGCAUCGAGGUGGGGCUGAGAUCUGGGGGGUUUGAGCGACCCCUCCCCACCCUGGACCCGCCCACCGACCUCCUCUUGGCUGUCACCAUCGCCGAGGCUUUGGGGACAUCCUUCCUUCUGGCGCGGGGGGGUGACAACAACGCCACCGCGCUGGGACCCGACGGCUGCUGGGACAAUGUGGAGAACCCCCAAAAUCACACCUUGAGGGGUCCCCCAUCCCCUGUCCCCGACCCUGUGGCCAUCGGGGCCCUGGAUGGGGUGGUCCUGGGGGUGCGGCUGGCCCGGGGACCCCUCCUGGUGGCUGAACAGCUCCGGGGCUACUACAGGACUGGGAAUGGCUCGGAAGCGGGGAGACCCCCCAGCAGUAACCGGCGCCGGGAUUUUGGGGCGCUGGUGGGACAGGAACGUCUGGAGAAGGAGGUGGCGGUGGUUUUGGGGCUGCUGAGGACGCUGUCGCCCAUCCCGGAGCUGCUGAGGGACGUGGGGACACAGGAGGUGGCGGCCGUGGCUCGUUGGGCGGCGCGGGAGUUCAGCGAGCGCUACGUGGAGUGCCCGGCCAUCGUGCCCUGCUGCCUGUGGGGGGCCUGUCCCUACCGGGGCACCCCGUCCCUGCUGCGGCCCCCGCUGGGCUCGGUGUUCCUGCACCACACCCUGGAGCCGGUGCGGCCCUGCCGGUCCUUCGGUGCCUGUGCCAGCGCCAUGAGGGACAUGCAGCGCUUCCACCAGGACACCUGCAGCUGGGACGACAUCGGCUACAGUUUCGUGGUGGGCUCGGACGGGUACCUGUAUGAGGGCCGGGGGCGGCACUGGGUGGGUGCCCGCCAAGGCUACAACACCUGAGGCUUCGGCGUUGGCAUUGUCGAUGACUUCAUGGCCACCCUGCCGGACCCCGACACCCUGGCCCUGGUGCGGUACCAGCUCCUGCCCUGUACUGUCCACUCUGGCCAUGUCCAGCCGGACUUCACCCUGUGCGGCAACACUGACUGCCCCGGCAACGCCCUCUUCCAGGAGAUCCAGAGCUGCCCUGGCUUCCAGGGGACACCGGUGGCCCUGGGGCUUGGGGUGGGUGACCGGGGUGACCCGCAGUGUCCCAGCGGUGUCACCGGUGGGAGCAGCGGCAUCACCUCCCGGGGCAGGGGCGGAGGAGGAGGUGAGGGUGUGACAGAAACUCCUGCCCGGUCACACGGGGAAGCCGCGACAGGAACCGGGGCCGAGCGCGGGCGCAGCAGCGGAGUGACCCCCAUGAAGACGUACCUGCUGCUGCUGGCUCCAGUGCCCCCCGAUGCCAUCGUGUGGGAUGUGUCCCAGUUCUCACUGGUGGACGGACACCUGGUACCACUGGGCAGUGACGAGUCCCAGUCCAGUGCCCAGCCCCAGUGCCACAAAGCCAAGCACUGCUCACGGACAGUCCCCACUGCAGUCCCAGGCAGCUGCCUGUCCUUCCCAUAA